CGCGCUGGCUCCGCGGCAGUGUCCGCCAGACUGCCGAGCGCGCCGGGCCUCCCGCUUCCCCGCGCCUCGCUCGGCCACGCCGCGUCCCGAACCUCCGACAAACACCCUCCACGAGUAGUUGCGGCCGUCGCGAGUGCAUUAUGACACUAGUGAGCUAGCGGGCCGCUGUGACAGUGUCCGAUCAUAUAUGUGUAUGUGUGCACGUGCUUGUGUGGUGUCUUAGGUUGGGCCCGUGACCGAAAUCGUUCGUGGUGGCCAGCGGAGCCCUACACCCGGGCUCGGGCCGAGCUUUCAUGGCUCAGCCUAGGUACGACGAGAGCCUCCACGGCGGAGGUUACAUGGAGGGGGGAGCGAUGUACCACGAGCACAGGCUGACCCAUCCCCACCUGGCUCCAGUGCACUACCCCCCGCCGGCAGCACCCGCUCACGCCCUCCCCGGGGAACCACUAGUCCACAAGAGAGACAAAGACGCUAUUUACGGGCAUCCCCUGUUCCCCCUGCUGGCUCUGAUCUUCGAAAAGUGUGAGCUAGCGACCUGUACCCCCCGAGACCCUGGCGUGGCGGGCGGAGACGUGUGCUCCUCGGAGUCUUUCAACGAAGACAUUGCGGUAUUCAGCAAACAGAUACGUCAAGAGAAACCGUAUUACAUAGCGGAUCCAGAGGUCGACUCAUUAAUGGUGCAAGCGAUACAAGUACUACGGUUUCACCUCUUAGAAUUAGAAAAAGUCCACGAGCUAUGCGACAACUUCUGUCACCGCUACAUCAGCUGUCUGAAGGGCAAGAUGCCCAUUGACCUGGUGAUCGACGAGCGGGAGACGGCCCGGCCGCCGGACGCGAACGGCGAGCCCCGGUCGGCGCCGGACAGCAGUCACGACGGCGCCUCCACCCCCGACGUCAGACCUCCUUCAUCAUCGCUGUCGUAUGGCGGCGCGGUGAACGAUGACGUGCGCUCCCCAGGGUCGGGGGGCACGCCGGGACCACUCAGUCAGCCCCCGCCGCAGACCCUCGACGCUACAGACCCAGAUGCGAUGGGCAAAUGGUGUCCAUCGCGGCGCGAGUGGUCCUCCCCACCCGACGUGGCGCGGCGGGUGUACUCCUCCGUGUUCUUGGGCAGCCCCGGUGAGUACCCAGGUGACGCGAGUAACGCCAGCAUCGGCUCCGGUGAGGGUACGGGCGAGGAAGACGAUGACACGAACGGUAAAAAGAACCAGAAGAAACGCGGAAUCUUCCCGAAGGUCGCCACAAAUAUCCUGAGAGCGUGGCUCUUCCAACAUUUAACGCAUCCGUACCCUUCUGAAGACCAAAAGAAACAAUUAGCACAGGACACAGGGUUAACAAUACUACAAGUAAAUAACUGGUGA